CUCUCGUCUCUAUGAUCGACCUUAGGAUGGCAAAUAAACACCGUGGUUUUGUUGAUGCUCUCGUUGUACAAGGAAAUUUUGAACACUUUUAUGUAACCUUCGUCCACCAGCCGCUUCAUCAACCUGUACAUCGAUUUCCUGUCGAUUCUCUUAUCGUAACCUGCAAGCAUCGUUACGAUGGUUUCCAUGCUAUCGAUCAAACGAAUGACGUUUGUAUCGAGAAAAUUCGUCGGAAAUAAUGGUGAACGAUAAAUGCGAACAAGGCGGUAAGACUAAAAGCGAAUGGGACGCCGAGAGCCUCAUAGAAAGAUGCUGGAGGCCUCAAAAGGAGACCGACAGCAGGCCCUAUUUGAUACGGGACGCCUCCUACAGGAGCCUCCUGGAACCCGAUCCGAAGUGCUCGAUAACGAGGAGCUCCUACGCCGAACCGGUCUACGACGAUCGACCCACGUUGGGGAUCAGAAAGUCGCAAAUGCUGAAGCAAUUCCAAGCCGAAGCCGAGGCUGAAAUAGCGAAAGAAAGAACGCCCGAGAAACCAACGGGAACCUACGUGACUAAUUACGAUUGUUACCAUCGCAUCCCGGGGUUCCAUCCGGACGAUAAGUUCUAUAUGAAAGAGAACGAAUUGUACGGGAAGUACCCGUUGUACUCGACGCGUCCGCCAAUCACCACGGUGACUUCGUUCAAAUUGAAGCGAAACGCCGACGAUCUGUCGCCGGGAAUCACCCGAGUGUUCGACAAGAACAAUCCGUUCCGGAAGUGCUCGGGGUUCUCGAAACCGGUGCACGAGAAACUCGACGGUAGUUGGUAAAACGGGGGGGUUUUUUUGUAUUUCUGAGGUCUGGAAACUGCGGUUACUAGUUCCUAAAACGGCCGGUAGGAGACGAUUUUUUGCGUACGAAUUAUAUGGAAUUGGCAUUAAAAAAAUAUUCAAAUUAAAAAUAUACCUUAAUAAGCGAUGAUUUUGUUGCUAACGUCGUUUUUUCGUAUCUUCGGUUAAUGU